CAUCCGCUAGGUGUCAGGACGUAUCAGAAGAACAAUAUUGGAAACACAGGUCCCGUUAUGGCAACGCAGGAUGUAUUACAAGAGAGAGAACAAUACUGCUGAAUUUGACAUUGACCAAAAUGACAGCCAACCUCCAUAAAUAAUCAGGUUGAUGUUGACUCAAGGGUAAAAUGGCAAUAUUUUAUUGAGUUUACACUGGAUCAAUUCAAGUGCCUUUUGGAUUCGUGGUCCCUUAUGCCAUUAUCAGAUGAGGAGUCGGGAGACACAAUGCCAAUACAGCAAAUACGUGUCUCGCCCAUUGGGACAAGGGAUAACGAGCGAGAACCCACUGUUAAGAUGGUGAAAGAGACAGAAGCAGUCUCCAUAGACUCCAAAAAUAUAGAGCCUAAGGAGACCUUACAUGCUAACUCUCCUUCACCACCGUGUACUAAUCGCUGUGAAUCACGUGCAUCUCUCAUGUCCUCCUCGGUAGAUAUAUGUCGUAUUUGCCACUGUGAGGCUGUCCCGGAGCAACCGCUCAUUACGCCCUGUGUUUGCGUCGGCAGUUUAAAAUUCGUCCACCAAGCCUGCCUACAGCAAUGGGUGAAAAGUGCUGAUACAAAAAGUUGUGAACUUUGCAAAUUUAAUUUUAUAAUGACGACACAAAUUAAACCACUGAAAGAGUGGCAGAAACUAGAAAUGACGACUGUUGAACGACGGAAAAUAAUGUGCUCAGUGACAUUUCAUAUCAUCGCUAUUACAUGUGUCAUCUGGUCUCUAUAUGUCUUAAUAGACAGAACAACGGAGGAGGUGCGCUCGGGAACUUUGGAGUGGCCUUUUUGGACUAAACUAAUAGUUGUAGCCAUAGGGUUCACUGGUGGACUGGUAUUCAUGUAUGUGCAGUGUAAGAUGUAUAUUCAGUUGUGCAGACGUUGGCGGGCAUUUAAUCGUGUCAUAUACAUCCAAAAUAUUCCCGAUGAUGUGUUAAAGAAGCACCAGUUGCAGAAUAAAUCGAAACAGCUUGGCUUAACGACAUGUAAGGAUGUUACAUUAGGUAGCAAUCAAACUGAACUCCUAUAGGUACACUACAGCACAGUCAUACAAUUGGAUUAUGGAUUAUGACGUCCGUAACAACCCUCCUCUGAAAGGAUGUACAUUCUAUAUUCGUCCAACAUAGAAGGAAAUUGACAACAGCACCAUAAUAGAGCCUUCAGAUUUUACCAAUCAGUUGACUAUAUUACUAAAAGCAUGGCAUGUGUGAUCAUAUAUCACUGAAAUCACUUUAUCUGAGAUGCAUUUUGUGCUGGAAAAAUAGGUGAUGAGGUGCACAUAUGUGGUGAGGUGUCCAUAUAUUGUAAGGUGCAUAAUGUUACGAGAUAUAUUGUAUUUGUAUAAAUGUGGUGAGGUGCCAUUGUGGUGUGGUGACGUGGACGUGGUUAGGUGCACAUUUAUGUUGAGCUUUUACAACCCAAUAUUGGCACCUCGAUAAUCUUGUGGCUUUUUAGAUAGAAUGCAUUUGUUAUAUCCGUUCUACAUUUGAAAAUAUUGGUCUCUUUUGUAAGAAUGAACUUAAUGCACAAUACUGUCCAUGCUGUCUAGUCUUUCUAUAAAGCUAUUUAUGUAUUUAUUAUCCUGUUGUAAUUUAAUUUGCCCAUACAAACCAAUGAGGACCAUACAAGUUAAUUGUUUGUUUAGCAAGAUGUUUUGAAAAAAUGACCUGAGGCU